AAUGAAGAGAAAAGAAACCUAUCUUUGGGAGGCCAUGUUGGAUUUGACAGUCUUCCUGAUCAACUUGUCAGCAAAUCAGUGGUGCAAGGUUUCAGCUUCAACAUCCUCUGUGUAGGUGAAACAGGCAUUGGGAAAUCUACCCUGAUGAACACUCUUUUUAACACAACAUUUGAGACAGAGGAAGCUACUCACUAUGAACAGAUAGUCCGUUUACGGGCACGAACGUAUGAUCUGCAAGAAAGCAAUGUCCACCUAAAGCUGACCAUUGUAGAUGCUGUGGGCUUUGGAGAUCAGAUAAAUAAAGAUGAAAGUUACAGGCCAAUAGUAGAUUACAUUGACACGCAGUUUGAAAAUUAUUUACAAGAAGAGCUAAAAAUCCGGCGUUCCCUUUUUAAUUAUCACGAUACAAGAAUCCAUGUCUGCCUUUAUUUUAUCACCCCAACUGGCCAUUCACUGAAGUCCUUGGAUCUGGUGACCAUGAAAAAGCUGGACAGCAAAGUGAACAUUAUUCCCAUCAUUGCCAAAGCUGAUACUAUUUCCAAGAGUGAAUUGCACAAGUUUAAGAUAAAGAUAAUGAGCGAACUGGUCAGUAAUGGAGUUCAGAUUUAUCAGUUCCCUAUUGAUGAUGAUGCUGUAUCUGAGAUUAAUUCUGUGAUGAAUGCUCAUCUACCAUUUGCUGUUGUGGGAAGCACAGAAGAAGUAAAAGUGGGAAAUAAAAUGGUGAGAGCUCGGCAGUAUCCAUGGGGUGUUGUUCAAGUUGAAAAUGAAAGCCACUGUGACUUUAUGAAACUGCGGGAAAUGCUGAUCCGGAUCAAUAUGGAAGACUUGCGGGAGCAAACUCAUGCUCGCCAUUAUGAGCUUUAUAGACGGUGUAAGCUAGAAGAAAUGGGUUUUAAGGACACAGAUCCUGACAGCCAGCCAUUCAGCCUUCAAGAAACGUAUGAGACCAAAAGAAAAGAGUUCCUUUGCGAAUUGCAAAAAAAAGAGGAGGAAAUGAGACAAAUGUUUGUGAACAAGGUCAAGGAGACGGAGUCUGAACUGAAAGAAAAGGAGAGAGAACUGCAUGAGAAGUUUGAACAUCUCAAGCGAAUACAUCAGGAAGAAAAGAGGAAAGUGGAGGAGAAAAGAAGAGAGCUUGAGGAAGAGAUGAAUGCCUUCAACAGGCGGAAGGUGGCAGUUGAAACGCUACAGUGUCAUAACCUGCAAGCCACUUCACAGCAGCCACUGAAGAAAGACAAAGACAAGAAAAACAGAUCGGUAAUUACAGGAAACCAAUCAGGAGUCAGCCUCUCCACUUCUAAGGUAAUGAUCACCAAGGCCAGUGUGGAACCCUUAAACUGCAACACUUGGUGGCAGGCCAUGCAGUGCUGCAGCUGUUUGGUCAAGAAUGCAACAUGGCGGGAAGGAUUCCUCUGAGGCAGCCUAGUUAGUAGUUGGGGCCAC